CAUGGAUAUUAUGACCCUCGCCGGGUUGAAUCAGAUCUUGGUAUUAUAUGAAAUCGGGCUCAGAACGACAAUGACUGACGGUUAGCCAUGCAGGUUCGUACAGGCUGCAACUUCGUUUGGGAAGAGUCUCUGCUUUCAACUCCCUGCGGUUGUAGAUCAUGGAAGUGAGUUUCUCUAGAUGGAACUCCGAUAGCCCGAUAGCUGACUUAAAUAGUCACGGUUGUUGUGUCGCCUUUACUGAGUUUGAUGAUGAAUCAAGUAGAGGCUUUACGAGCUGCCGGCAUCAACGCCAACUCGUUAAACAGUAAUACACCUCUCGCGGAAAGGGAUCGCAUCCUCAGUGACCUAAAAACCGGACACCCCACCACCCGGCUCCUUUAUGUUACUCCUGAGCUAUGUGCAACGGAUCGCUUUCGAGAUCGACUUCAUAUCGUCUACGAACAGCGAGAAUUAGCCCGCAUUGCCAUUGACGAGGCGCACUGCAUCUCCGAAUGGGGCCAUGACUUUCGAAAAGACUUUAAGCGGCUAUCUUGGUUCAGGGAAUCAUUCCCUGAGGUGCCCAUCAUGUGUCUCACGGCUACAGCCAACGACCAGGUCCGCAAUGAUGUAUUGCAAACCCUAGGCCUAAAUUCAGAACCAGAGCGCCUAAAAUCAUUCACCAUGACCGCAUAUCGACCAAACCUUCAUUUCGAAAUUCGCUAUACAUGUGAUGAGGAUGACCAUCGGUUAGAAGAUUUCCUGAAAUGGAUUCGGGGAGUGUAUGAGCGAAGAGCGCAGGAACCUCGAAAGACGGAGCUAGCGGCACUCGAAGAAAGACCUGAUAAUGUCCCUGGAAUUAUUUACACCAUAUCGCGCGAUGAAUGCCAGAACCUUGCCGCUCAACUCCGCCAGGAAGGCAUCGGUGCACAGCCAUUCCACGCAAAACUAUCCAAGGAGGUCAAAGAACAAACCCUAGCGAAAUGGGUAUCGAACGAGCCCGGCUUCGACGUAAUCGUAGCUACAACAGCAUUCGGCAUGGGAAUUGACAAGGACAAUGUACGUUUCGUCGUGCACUGGAGACUUCCCAAGUCCUUCGAGGGAUACUAUCAGGAAGCAGGCAGGGCCGGGCGGGAUGGCAACGCGUCCUACUGCUUUCUAUAUUACAGUCGCGAAGACAGAGAUCGGGUUUGUAAUCUGAUUAUGCGCGACCGCGAGUCUAAGAGCUCAAACUGGGAAGCGAGAGCUUCAAGUGUGAGGGCAUUGGCCGAGUACUGUGAGAAUAUCACGACUUGCCGUCACAAGCUGAUCUGCAACUACUUUGGAGAAAGCGACACCCCGGUGUGUGACUAUGCAUGUGAUUAUCACAAGGAUAGUGCAGACCUUCAGCGCCGAUUCAUGCGUGGCCUUGCGAGUGAGGAGUGGGUCAGCACACAACGGCAGGAAGGCCUCUUGGAUGCAGACUGGGAUGAAUGAUCGAUACCCCUAUGGCACCAUGUUUUUGCCUAUGAAAUCACACUGCGCUGUCUGCUGCAAGUGAAGAUAAGUCUGAAUCAUGACAAGUUAUGAGCCUACCACUUCCUGCUAUUAGCCAUGCACGUGGAACGGAUGUAAUCGAAUUGGGCAAGUCGUUGAAGAUCCUGACAUGCAAGACAAUGCUUUAACAUGAACCGUCUGCCAAUCGGCCAUCUUUGCAUU